AUGCACCGCGAUAUAGAGUAUGAGGCAUAUCCCCGUCAUCACGACCGCCGUGGCAACGGAAGUGGUGGCCGUGGACGGGACCACCGGGAGCGAGACUAUGCGCAAGGCAACUAUGAAUCCAUGUACGACGACGGACCCCGCGAUGACACCUCCACUCGGCGCUACGACAAUGAUAGAGGUGCGACGAAUCGCGAUAGUUCAGGCUAUCGUGACAGAGAUGAGCCACGCCAUCGGUCACCUUCCACGGAUAGAAAUCGAAGCCGCUCGCAGAGUCCUGGGGGCGACGCGGGCCGACCUUCAGACACUGUGAUUCUCGAGGGACUUCCACGCGGCAUCUCACAGAAUGAGCUUCGUGAAAGCCUCCUGAACAAUUCAAUUGCUUCAGAGAGCCCAUCAUUUGACGUCCGCAUACCCUCAUCCAAAGGCCAUCUUCGUGCCUUUAUCCAGUUUGAGCAUAUCGACCGUGCCGUUGACUUUGUCCAAGAGCACUAUCCAAAAAUUGUCAUUACCCUGAGGCAUUCCACUGAUGAGGUACCAGACGGCCAGUUCGAUGCAUACUUGCAUUAUGCGCGAACCAAAGACGGUGCUGAGUCACGAGCCCCCAGUGCGGAUUGGAUCUGCUCUCAGUGCGAGGCCUCAAACUAUUCUACCAGGCCCGUUUGCCGAGGUUGCGGGUGCUACCCGUCUGGUGUUCACUGGCAACAAAGCCUCACCGGCGCCGCGGAUGCCGCAGACUCUCCGUCCCAAAUUCUUGUCGUAUUUCCCCUUCCACCGUUUGUUGAUGAGGAAAUGCUGGCUCGGGAGAUGAAGCGACUUGAGCUUGAAAAGGCAGAUCCUAUCAAAACAGGGAGUGAUGCACCGAAACUCAAAUCAACCGCUCCGACCAGCACGGGGCAAGGUUACGGCGCCUCGCAGGGCUCUCUGCACAGGGUCUUUCUUAUGCGCGACUCGCAGACCAACGAAACUUUCAGAUAUGGCUUCGCUGAAUUUUGGACCGUGGAGGACGCCGCUGCCGCCGUGAAGAAGUUUACCAUGGCCCGAAAUUUUAGUAUAGCUGGCUGCGCCGUGAACAUCUCCACGAUACACAUGGGAGUAUUCCUGCCUGAUGACAGAGAACCGACACCUGCGACAGACAACAAGUCAUUCUACCCACUAUUCAAUCCCUCAAUACGGGUGCGAUACAGGGACGACCAUGCUUACCCCAGCCAGAUGAUGGUAGCACUCGAGGCCCCAGCAAGCGUACAAGGAAAGCUAUCUGCUGAAGCCCAUGACGACGCAAAGCGAUCAAAGAAGCGCAAGGCAGACGGCACCCUUGGUAAUUCUACAAAGAAGCCUGUCGCGAUGGCUGGAAAAAUGGCAAUGUGGCAGCGCAAACAUGAUGAGAUUCGAGGCCAGAACGCUCCUCAGGAUGGCUCGUCUGCGGCCGCGGACUUGUCCAAGCCUCAACCAGCAAAACUAUCCUCAGCUAACGCGACUAUCAAGAUAUCGCUCUCCUCUGCGUCCAAGCUCACUGGUCAACCCGAUGCGCAACUUGCUGAAGCCGGUAAAGAUGGCGCUGCUCUUUCCCCUGAAAAGGACGCAGAAGAGACACCAGAGUCGUACAUGGACCGGGAUCGAUUAAUGUGUCUAAUUUGCAUGCGCAAAUACAAGUCUAUUGACGAAGUGUAUAUCCACGAGCGGUCCAAAAACCACAAGACAGCUGUGGAAGACACAGAGCUGGUCAAGGCUGCGCUACCUCGCCUGGCUAUCCGCGACAAGCGGUUGCAAAAGCAGGGCAAAUCUGCCCCAGUCGCUGACUCGGACAACGCCAGCGACAACUCUGCUCUCACAGACAGCCAGUAUCGUGAUCGUGCCAAAGAGCGACGUGAGGCAUACAAGCAGCCAAAGAAGCCAGCACCCCAACAAGAGUCAUCGAAAGAGAAACAAUCCUCUUCUACUGCUGCAGCCACUGCCGCUCCAGCAGCAUCCAAAGGUGCAAACCUGCUUGCGAAGAUGGGCUGGACCGCGGGCGCAGGACUCGGUGCAAAUGGCGAGGGACGGACUGAGGCGAUUGAGACGAACGCAUACCAGGAAGGUGUUGGUCUCGGUGCCGAGGGGUCUAAUUUGGGUGACGCAGCUGAGCGUGCUGGCAGGCAGACGCGAGGAGGAUAUGCCGAGUAUGUUAGCUCUGUACAGGACAGAGCUCGCGAACGGUAUAACAAGCUUGGGUAG